AUGGCUUCUUACAACCAGGCCUUGUCUCCCGAGUACAAGGAUACGACAGACUCAGCGGCGUCUGCCCUUGCUCACACCGGCGAUCACCUCGGCGACCUCAUGCAAGCCAGCCGCGAGGAGACGGCCAUGACAGGCCAGAUCCCCGCGUUUCUUGUCCCCCUUCUCGCAGAGAUGCUCGAGGUCAAGGACCUCGGGAACUUUAUGGCCACACAAAAGACCACAUAUCUCCUCAUCAAGACCUACGAGCACAGCAUCUGCUCGGCGGCGAGCAGGCUCCGCUCCCCCGUCCCGCCCGCCGGCCGCGCCGUGCUGUCCUCCGCCACGGCGGCUGCGGCCGUGGUGGCGGCGACCCGCGCGGAGAGCAGCAGCACCAGCAUCCCGACGGCCACCUUCCCCGCCCUGCGCGAGCUCGAGCGCCGCGCCCGCCGCGCCGGCGCGCUCAUGCGCUCGCCGCUGCUGAGCCUCGACGACGACGCCCGCCUGGCCCUCGGCGGGCCGCAGCUCGCGCGCUUCCGGGCCGGGCUACGC